AUGAACUGGUUUUGGCUUCAUUCUCCACCAGAUUUCAUUGGUCAAGUACUCAACGUCCAGGAGAUCCAAACUGUACCUGUCCAAGGGAAGGAAAACACUAAUCACGAAGUAUUGGAUAAUUGCAGUGAUGAACGUGUUAGCGGAUGCCUUUGGGAGUCUUAUGCUGAGCAGUUAUAUGAUGCAUGCAAGGAAGCAAAUGGCGAACCGGAGAUUUGCAAGUUACCAAUGCUUAUGAUACAUCUCAACUCAUUAUCAAUCCAGUAUGUCCCGAGGCUGACCACUUUCGAGCAAGUUUACCUUCUGAAUGGAUUGGCAAUUGCAAUGAACCUGAAAGAGGACGAUGCAUUAGUGCAGCUUCAGAAACAGCAAAAGGCGGAUGAGUGGUUGACGCUUGAUCUUAAGUCCGUUUAUGAUGUCACGAGUUCUACCGAGAUUGAGAAAUUUAGAAUCCGUGCAAAGGUCACUGCUAUUGAUACUGAUUGGGGAUGGUAUUACUUUGGUUGCGUUCAACAUCGGGUUUUCAAAGACUUGAAAAAGGAGUCUUCCACCAGACCACGACCAGUAGUUCCUAUUUGGUAUUGUGAUAACUGCAAGACAAAUAUCAAAGCGGUUUCACCAAAAUUCAAGCUACAUUUAAUCAUUGAAGAUGAUUCUGGUGAGACUAAGAUAAUGCUCAUGGAUUCUGUUGCUAACGGGAUGGUCAACAAGACAGCUGCAUUCCUACUUAAUGGUUCUACUGAUGAGAUUCAAGACCCGGAACUUCUUCCUGAUUCCAUAAAAGAUUUGGUUGGGAACACUUUCGAUUUCUUGGUGGGUGUAGAGAAGGAGCACAUCAUGUAUGGAAAUGACACCUACAAGGCUCACAAAGUGAAAAAUGGUCAUAUCACGGGUCAUUCUGAUUCAGCCAAUGAGAUCAUUACUGUUGAGGAUGAUCUCUCUCAAAUUCAUUCUGACAAUGAGGCCUCUGUUGUGAAGAGCAAUGGGAUGACACCAUCUCCUAAGCGCAGUAUUGAAGACAGCAAUAUCAGAAGUGAGCUCUCUUCCACUUCAAAGAAACAGUGCACCAAGCUCAUCAACCUAGAAGACGAAAGCAAUGGUGUUGAUGUGAAGACGUUGACCGAGUAG